CAACAAUCAAAUUCUAACAACUCUUCCACGUCCUUGCUACCUUCUAUUUCUAUCUGAAGUCUGAUUGAAUCAUCAUCCAAAUUCCACUUUGCCAACUACCACAAUGGACCACCUCCGUGAUUCCUUACUGAGCUCCCUCCCAAAAGACAGCCCUUCUACCGCAGCGAUCGACUAUGCUCGCAGAGACCAGGAAGACACACGACGGGCCAUCGCUCAGGGCGAAUUCCAAGAAGUUCGAGACAUAGCCUUCAGCAACCGGACUUGGGUCGUUACCAGCCGCUACUGCGACAUCGGAGAUGGUGUUGACUCUCUCGAGGGUCACAUCCACUCCCUAUGGUACAUGUACUACGAGCUAGGGCGAAACAUCUCGUCAGAAUCCCCCGAACACGAGGGCUUAGUCCUCAACAUCCUUCGCAUUCAAGGAAUGGGCCCAUUAACUAGACCCGCACGCGGAGUCAAUGGAAUCGACAUCGCACGAACUGUCGACGGCACACUGUGGAACGAUCUCCCCUUCCUUGUUGGAGAUAUGACCAACUUCUGGAUCAACCACAGUGCAUCUAUGUCGGGAACCCACCGGCUCAACUUUGCUACAUUCCUAGCUAAACUUGCCUCCACGCGUGUUGCCAAGGAUAAGUUGUGCCAAGUUGCUCUCUUGAUCUUCCGCACUCUGCUGGAAAGCCCUGUGCAACUCCAUUCAGGGAAAGAGUCUGAUGAGGAGGACGUCAAUAGAAGCACUAAGCAGUUGGAGGUGUUUCAUCUGCUACCCUCUGCUAUUGCUUGGCUGAAGACAGCAAAUCACAACCUCCUUUUGCUAUCAGAUGUAUAUUGGAAUGACUGUCCGAGCCAUAUUAGCAAGGGUGGUGAGAUGUUCGUUGAAUCGGAUCUCGGACUGCGAUCACCUAUGGGAUUCUCUCCAUGGAGAUACAUGUUCUGGCUGAGGCGACUUCAUGAGAUUCGGGAUGAAUCUAAGGAGGCGGAUGAGAAAGCUUUGGAGGAGCUUGCUGCUGAUGGUAUCCAGUAUAUGGUCAAUACGAUCAAGGAAAGAAAUUCGGAGGUCCUUAGGGCUUAUAAGAAUGGUGGAGAUGGUCUGCAUAAGGAUAAGUAUCUUUCAUGUCUAAAGGCUCUUGCACGGGUUGAGGUGUAAGAGUAGUGGAAUUGGGAUGGAGGUUUGAAGAAGGCUUGGACUCGGAAAACAUCUUCUCCUUUCUCAGCCUUUCCAGUUCUUCGACGUAAUUUCCACCCUCUCUGCUCCUUAUUACCAAUAUCUGGUCAAAUAAUUAUCUCUUCUGUCGGGAAUAAUUACAGUAUAGCCUGUAAAAUCUCGAACUAUGG